UUUCGCCAUCUCCCACUACUCAUCACUUCUUCACAUCCACCAUCACAAGUGAACCCAAAUCUAUCCUACAACCUUCCACACACAAUGUUUAAGCGUCUUGUCACCGUCGCUCCCCGCGUUGGCGCUGUGGCGCCUCGCUCCUUUGCCCCCCUCUCAGGCUUGCAGUCCGUCCAGUCCGCCCGCCGUGUUCCGGCCCCUGCUCCCGCUCAGCGCAGAGCAUACCACGAGAAGGUCCUGGACCACUACAACAACCCCCGCAAUGUCGGCUCCUUCAAGAAGGCCGACCAGGACGUCGGAACCGGUCUUGUCGGCGCCCCCGCCUGUGGCGAUGUCAUGAAGCUUCAGAUCCGUGUGAACAAGGACACCGGCAAGAUCGACGACGUCGUCUUCAAGACUUUCGGCUGCGGCAGUGCCAUCGCCUCUUCCAGCUACCUGACCGAGCUGGUCCGCGGCAUGUCCCUCGAGGAAGCGGGCAAGGUUAAGAACACCGAUGUUGCUAAGGAGCUCUGCCUGCCUCCUGUCAAGCUGCACUGCUCCAUGCUUGCUGAGGAUGCCAUCAAGUCUGCCAUCUCUGACUACUACACCAAGAACCCCAACGCCCGCACGACCAACCUUUCCGGGACGGGCGCCUCAAUUCCCGACGUGAAGGUCGAGAUUGAGCAGACUGCUGGCAGCCCCGCCGCCGCCGUAUAA